AUGGGGGAAUUUUACCAGGCUUGGUUUGCUCGCCCCGCGUCCCAGGCUUCCCGGCGCCCGGGUCCCCACAGCCCGCUGUCGCUGGAAGUUGCUCCCGAGAGUCAACAAACCCCAUCUCCCGAGCGGGAAAGCGGCUGUCCCGGCAAGCUCGGGCCGGGGGGCGGGGGCUGCGCGCGUCUCCCUCCCGGAGUAAGCCACGGAGCCUUCCAAGUCCAGAACAGAGACCUCGACCCUGCGGGAGGAGGCUUCUUUGUUGCUUUUCUGUGUUCUCCGAUUAGUUUUUUUGAGACUUGUAGUUCUUACUCCACCCAGGGAAGGAGAUCUGGGUGCAGCCCGAGGUCCUCCAGACCUCCCCGGCCCUGCUCCGGGUCUGCCCGGGACGCCCCAGGCUCCGGGGCGCUCCUCAGGCCUCUUCUUCCCCGCGCCUCCAAGUUCCAGAUUCCUGCUCGAAUUCGCGGGGGUGAUGCCGCCGCCCAGGGCGCCAACCGAGGCCCGCCCUGCGUCGGCGUGGCCGCCGGAGCGGAUCCCGGCAGGCGCCGGCCGGGGCUUGUUGCCGACGGGAAAGAGGAACGGCUCUUUGGAAUCAUCGCCCGCUACAGACUUCGUCACGUCCUGGGGCUUAUGCGGAUUGUCGGUUUUCAGAUUGUUGCCUUAAAUCUAUUACCAAACUUGUGCUGGGCGCUCGCGAAGGGUCUGACUCUGCUACGCCCGACCCUGGGGACCUGCCGGUGCGGUGGCGGCUGCGGGAAACGGAAGGGCAGGAGUGGGACCCAUAGCAAAAAAUGUCUUCAGCCAAUAUGUAAUUUACAGGUUACCUGGAAACUCCUUAAAAGUAGAUCUGUAGUGCUAAACAGCCUGGUGAGUGGGGAGAGCUUCGUCUUUGGAGUCAGACGGACGUGGGCACUGUCAAGCAUGGGGAAGCUAUUUGAUUUCUUUGAGCCUCACGUUCUUCAAUUGUAAACAAAACAGGCCCCCUUCUAAGACCUGUCGUGAAGAUUUCAUGAGUUAAAAGUGAACACAUUGGAACAUGGUAGGGACUCAUGGAUGUUAGUGUCCCUUGUACUUUGAAUUCAGAAUUAAACUUUAAGAAACUCUUUUUAGUAAGAUGAAGACAAGAAGCUCAGCUAAAAUAUAUAAAUGAGAAUUUACAGAAUACACUUUAUAAGGCGAUUCCACUUGUACCAUGUCAAAUAUGAAGAAAUUCACCCAGCAGUGAAGUACACAUUUUUAAAAAUGAGUUUCAUAAAGCCAAAACAAAUUAACAAAAUUAGAUGUGAUUGAUUGGAUUGAAGGUAACUGAGGCUUUGAUUUAUGAACAAUUUCAGUGAGAAAAAAAUAAUUCCAAGAUAGUAUCAACUUUGAGACAGCAAUGGUUGGCAGUCUGUGAACAAAAGGAACCAAGCUUAUGCUGAGGCACAAGAAGUCAGACUGGAAAUGGAUUGUCCUUACUUGGCCCUCUCACUGUUUUAUGCUCAUACACUUCCUUUUAUACUCAGGUCCUGAAACAAAAACAAAAAACACAGGCUCUGCAACAGCUGAAGAAACUCAGCUCUCUCUAAAAAGGAAACUGACUUUACCUAACCACUUCCUGCAUGUGCUACACCCACUGAAGAUUGAGACACAGCCUUGGUGGUAUAGAGCUCAGAGGAGUUCUAGGGCAGGGAAACUAUUCUGUAUGAUACCAUAAUGGUAGGUAUCUGUCAUUAGACAUUUGUCAAAACCCACAGACUGUACGACACCAAGAGUAAACCCUAAUGUAAACUGUGGACUUUGGGUGAUUAUGAUGUGUCAAUAUAGGCUCAUUGAUUGUAAUAAAUGGAUCCCUGUGGUGCAGAAUAUCAAUAGUGGGGGAGGUUGAGCCUGUGUGGGGACAGGGAGUAUAUGAGAACCUUCUGUACUUUCUGUUCAAUUUUGCUGUGGACCUAAAG